CCUGCACUACUGCCCGUGGUUCGGGAGAGCCACGGGACCGGUCGGUCUGCCCGACGAUUGACCGAACCGGACAGUCACAGGAAUGAUGUGACGACCAACGACGAGGCACCACCAUCGCGGCCGUGGCCGGUGGUCCGCACCGUACCGAGCACCGGUUCCACCGCCACCGGUGAUGAAGGUGGUACGGGCGAGACCGAACUGGCCACCGCCGUCGGGAUCGCGUCCUCGGCCACUGCCAACGGUCGCCCUGUGGCGGGCCGUGGCCGCUGGAUUGCGGACGAUGGUGACAGCUACAAUCUGGGUGCGUUCGAUCAGACGAACGGCCCGUGGCCGAUCCGGCAGCCGUUGCCGCUGCCAAAGUGGUCGAGCCGUCCCGUAACGCCCUACGUGGUGGAUAAGCUGUGGCAGUACGAGGACUUGAUCGGUCUGAUUGAGACGAAGCUGCAGCGAAUGCUCGAGGAGACGCAUUACAAUACGGCGAACAAUUUUGUGGAUUUUUACAGGGCCUACCGGGCCGCUCACCGAUGCGGUCGCGGUGAGCUGAAGACGCAUUUCCAGCACUACACCAUCCCGAUCAACCGUCGGCAUCAUAUGUGCGUUAGUUUGGGAAUGGAAAUCGUCUCAAGAAUCGCUGAACAUCAUCCGGACAUUGCGCGCUUGUUCUAUCUGGUAUCGUGCGAGGAGGCACUGGACGAAUCGGACUCGUACAUCCAACACUGCGAGGAGAACGGCAUCGAACACGCGGGAUCAACCCUGGAGAAGGAGCACGCGCUGGUCGCGAUGAAACUUGUGGUCGGAGGUCGCGAAGGUGUGCUCAUCCUUGAUCCGGGGUACCACGUGGCGCGUGCCGUUACCGUCAUGAAGGACCAGAAAUACCCUCACACGGGCUGGUUCACGCAGUCCGAUGAGCCGCAGAGCAAGCGCGAGUACAGCUACGCUUUGCAUGAACAGAGCAGCGAUUACAUCACCUGGACGGAGCGGAUGACACGUGGUGGCAAGCAGCAGUACGAGGAGUCGCUGGUGUACAUCGCGCGGCCCUAUCGUACUGCGGUUGAUGUAACCGUGCGGCGCAACCUGGUGUACAACUUCCGCUCAUUGCUGUCCCGAGACGCAAAGGGACGCGUGUGCGCUGGGUUGUACUUCCCGGUCGUGCCGAAUCCGCUCGAUGCGCAGGUCACGCUGUUCUACGACAAUGCAAGCGAUAGCCAGGUGAAGCAGAAGUUCAAGUUCUCGCUCUUCAAAGAUCCGGAAAAGAUUCCCGACCCGGUAUUGGCCCAUUUGGAAAACUUGGCGCCACAGCUUCGCAUGAAGCUGGGGGAGCUGAUAGACCUCAUGGUGGACCUGGCCGAGUCCAUUCAUGACGUCGAAUUUAUCCAGCAGGUGCUCGAGAUCAACAACGACAUCAACGAGCUGUCGGCGGAUAAUUAGAGAUGCAUUUUUUCUUCAAAUAAUUCCUUAUCGUAUUUAAUGCUGGUAUGAGUGGCUUAUCGCCACCGUACAACAAAAUGUCCUACAAUUUAAUCUCUUCACGAUUUGACUAGAAUACUAAAGCACCACUUUUAAGGACUGGGGUUUACUUCACGAUAUAAGAAAAACGUGUAACCGACGUUAUAUUUUAUCUUUUUUUUUGCUUUCUCAAUUGUAAUUACAACCAUUGGUUGAGUAACGUGCGUAUAUCAGCGAAGUACGCGUUUAGUUUGUUUGAAAUACUUCUGAGUAAACCAUGGAGAAGAAUUUGGCUUAGUUGAUUGUAUUCAGCACCUUUCGAUAGAUAAGUUUCCACUGCAAAUAUAAUCGCGAGUGUUGUAUUACGUCCGCAAAUUCGUUGGGAAAAUUAGUGUAUCCCCAUUGAUUUCCGUAUCGUUGCUGCUCUCAAUCGUAAACGUAAUCGUGUUUCAAUUAUAAUCGGACUAUAUAAUCAUUUUCCAAUGUGUAUCUAUUCAACAUGAAUCAGCUUGACAAAUAAA